GAUGCCGACCGGACCUCGAAGAGCCCGGAGAAAGAGAAAGAGGAGGAUGCUGCCAGCCAAAAGUCAGGAAAGAGCCAGGACCGGAAAGAUCGGGACCGAAGUCGUAGCCGCGGCAAGGACCGAAGAGAUCGGGACCGAAGCCGCAGCCGCGGCAAGGACAGAAGUCGUAGCCGUGGCAAAGACAGAGAGAGAAGGCGGGAAGAUCGAAAGACCCUGGCCAUCUCCAACCUCAGUCGAAAUGUGAAUGAAGACCAUCUCAAAGAGAUCUUCGGAAACUAUGGCAAGGUCAAAGAGGCAACUUUAGCCAUCGACAAGGCAGCCGGUCUUCCCAAAGGCUAUGCCUAUGUCGAGUUCUACGAGGAAAGAGAUGCUGAUCGGGCAAUUUCCCACAUGAACAGCGGGCAGAUCGAUGGGAAUGUCAUAAGAGUCGAGCACCAGGCUGACCGAAAGCGAAGGCUGGAGCAUGCACCAGCCAUUCCGAUGCGGCCGCGAGUGCAGCGAACGGCUCCUGUGGCGUGGGACCUAACUCCACUUCAGCGGCCCGUGGCCUCGACGAGAGAGCAUCAGUAUGUCGCAGCUGUCACCUGUGAGGCGCAAGUCCGUCAGGAACGAGAGCAACGCGGCGAGAAACGCGAGCAGCAUGAGCGUGAACGGGAUCGCGAUCGGGACCGAGAUCGCGACCGCGAGCGCCGACCUGAGGCAACAAAGAGGGAGGAUCGCAGCGGCCGAGACCGGGAUCGGGAUCGAGAUCGUGACCGUAACCGGGAUCGGGACCGAGAUCGAGAGAAAGAGAAGGAGCGUGCCAAGGAGAAGGAGCGUGAAAAGGAGAAAGAGAAAGAAAAGGAAAGAGAACGAGAACGGGCCAAGGCCCGAGCCAGGAGGGACGAGUCUGACUCUGAGGACUCCGAGGAGGACUCGAUUCCCAAGGCGAAGGCCAAGAAGCCGGCCCCGAAAAAGGAAGACAAGGAAGACAAAAAGGACGAGAAGAAGGAAGAGAAGAAGGAGACCAAAGCGCCGGCAAAGACCAAAGCGAAGGAUGCGGAAGAUAAGAAGAAGCCCGCGGUGAAAAAGAAGAAGGAGGCAGAUGCCGAAGAGAAGCCGAAGGUGAAGUCAAAGACCGCGGAAAAGCCAAAGACGAAAGAUAAAGACGAGAAAGCCAAGGCCAAGCCGAAGGCCAAAGAAAAGGAAGAAAAAACCAAGGUGGCUGAGAAGCCCAAAGCCACCAAAACGAAGGCCAAGGAGCCAGAGAAAUCCGAGAAGGCCGAGAAGGAGAAGGUGAAGAAGACCGACAAGGCCAAGGCCCAGGCCGGUGAGGCGGCCAAGAAGGCCGUGAAGGCCACCAUCUCAAAGGACAAGAAGCCCACGAAGGAUGCAAAGGACCCGAAGGCCAAGGCCAAAGGCAAAGCAAAAACAAAGAAGAAGCAGUCGAGUGAGAGCGAAUCCUCGAGCAGCGGCUCCGAGUCUGGCAGUGGCUCUGAAUCUUCGUCGUCCGCGCCCCCUCAGAAGAGGCGAGUAUGA